GAUUGUGCAUGUUUGCAAUUUUGCUAACGCGUUUGGCUAUGAACCAUAAUUUGAUUUUUUGUACAGUAGAAGUUUAACUUACCUUUAUUGUUGAAUUGUGGAUUCUAUUUUAAAUAUUGAAAACGAAAAUGAAGUUUUCAUCAACUCAUUCAAACCUUAUUGAGGUUCUGAAGGAUGAUUUCAAACUGAAUCAAAAACGUGAUGAAGUUUGCAAGAAUAUCAUCAACAAUAGCUUGGAUAUUGCCGUGUUUGUGGAACAGUUAGGACCUGGUCUUACACACGAUGAGCGUAGCAUUCGGAUGAAUGCCACUAUGCUCCUAUCUAAAGUUCUAGGCAAAUUACCUCCAGAACAACUGAAUCAACAGCAGCUCGAGUUUAUAGUCGCUUUUUAUUGCGAUCGCACCAAAGAUCACCAUUCCUUAAUUCCUGCAAUAUUGGAUGGAGUUUUGGCAUUGGCAGCUAUGAGAAACAUACCCAGCGGGAGUGCAUCUAAAGUUCUGAGCUCAUUAUUUCUGAAUAUUCCAUGUCAAAGCCAGAUGAAAACGGAACGCGCCAAGUAUCUGCAGAUAAUUAAAGCAUUUGCAAGCGGCAAAAAGGAUGAACUAUCCGCGAUGGGAGCCGACUUCUUAUACGGAGUCAUUGGCGCAAUCGAUGGCGAACGAGAUCCCCGUAAUCUAAUUUUUCUGUUUGAUUACAUGCCAACGUUUCUGCAGCAGUAUCCGCUGCUGCAAGCGAGCGAGGAGAUGUUCGAGAUCUUUGCCUGCUACUUCCCCAUUGAUUUUCAUCCCAAUCAAAACGAUCCGGAAGCUAUCACCAGAGAUGUGUUGGCGGAGAAACUGGAAGAAUGCCUUUGUGGCUCGAAUGAGUUUGCACCGUUCUGCAUACCAUUGUUGUUGGAUAAAAUAGAAAGCGAUCUGAUUGUGGCGAAGCAAGAUUCUCUGCGAUUAUUGAUCAAAUGUGUGAGGAGUUUCAGUUUGAGCGAUGUGGAUCAACACCUCGACGACAUAUGGAAAGCUUUGAAGAGCGAGUUGUUACCCGGAACAGCGAAUAAAGAUAUAUUCGAGCUUGCUCUUGAAGCUACUAAGCAUGUAGUGAUCGCAAUGUAUGCUGACGAGAGAGUUGGAGAAGGAUUUCUGACCACAAUAUUUGCCACAAUCAUCGGGUUCGUUGCCGAUGUUCAAUCGAAACGAUUCGAUAAUUGCGUCCGGAUAGCAUUAACAUGUGCAGAUACCUGCACUGAUGCAGCUAUAUACGUGUCGAACAAGCUGUUUCCCAUAAUUCUGCCUCAGAUUUUAGUGGAGACUACGACGGAACAGCAAAACAUUUGUCUUAUCGAUGUUCUUAGUCAGACACUUAUAAUAUGUAAAAAUAGAAAUACACUGUGGCGCAUCGAAAGCAGUCUGAUUGAUGCGUUCCAACGAAAACUUAUUCAAGUUCUCUUCCAGAUGAGCAACUCAAGUCAGUUGGAAAGAACUGCUCUGAAGAGUGUAACGAGUGCUCCGGAAAUCGUAUGUGAUGAAAACAGACCUAUUGUUUACACCACUAUUGUUCGUAUCCUCUCGGCACCAUCGAAUGACGAUCAUUCGAAUGUUGAAGAUUGUUUGGAUCAAUUUGCAAGCCAUUUCCCGCAAGAAGUUGAGCAGACUGUGGUUGAUGUACUGAUGUCUAAAACAUAUGAAUCAUCAGCCCUUCCCACGGGACGAAUCUUCAACGCUUUGGCUCGAUUGCUUCCAUUUGACACAUUCCGAGAUAGGAUUUUGCAAUUUUUCCUGGCCCUCGUUCUCAGUGGGACACCGCCUGAAGAUGUGGCUGUAUUAGCGUUGAAAUCAUUGAAAAUGACAAUCGAAAAAUCAAAUGGGACCGAUUUAGCGGAAGUUCUACAGAAAAGGUAUGAAAUUGUAGAUAAAUUUGUUGAAAAGAUCCGCGGAGGAGUUCUGUCCGGAAGUGAUGAUUUAAUCUUUAUGAUGUCGGAGGUAAUGAAAGAAAUAAUUAAACACUUGAAUACAGAGCAGCAGCAAUCAAUACUGAACAAACAUAUUGGCUCAGUGGACUUGUCAAAAGCAAACGAGUUGUAUAUACUAGCCGGAGUUCUUGGAACCCUAGACGCAACGAUAGACAUCGAAGACCACGUAGAAAAGUUUGUUGCCGAUUUAGCUCAACUGGCGAUGAAUACUGACAAUGAAAGGGUGAAAGAAGUGAGUCAACAUCUGUUGUGCAGUCUGUUUAAUCGUUUGCCAGAUCGGGUGCACCAUCGAGAGCACUUCACGAAUUUACUAGGAACGCUUCGCAAAGAACUCAGCAAUGGCAACCAUAAAGUGAUUAGUGUGCUUUCAUGGAUUUGCAAGGGCUUGCUAGCGAAAGGUCACCCGGUAGCAACGGAGAUCGUUGAGGACAUAGUUAAACUCCUAGAGCACCCAUCGCUAGGUAAUGAUGCAGUACUUGGAUUUGACAUCCUAUCGGCUGAAUGUCCCCAGUUGCAUAUUCCGUUCAUUAAAAACUUGUUCAAACAGAAACUAUUUGUAUCUGUGAUGAAAAUGCUCGAGCGAAAAACAGAAGAAUAUGCCGAGACACAUUUAAGGGCUCUGAUGUAUGUAUUCAAAACGGUACCUCAUUUGGUGCUAAAAAUGAAUAUUGAAAAGGUCGGACCAAUUCUGCUUAAGUGCUUAUCGAUUGGAGAUAAAUCCGAAUUGCAAACAACGUUAGAAAUUAUCCUCCAAUUCCUGAAGGAACGAGAUGUUUUUUUCCGCGAUCACCUACAAACAUUGAUCCCGCAUUUACUGAAACUCUCUGUAUAUAAAUCAUCAAUGGUACUCGUUGGAAGCGUACAGGUGGCCGCUCAUCGCACGCAGCUACGGAAAACCAAUGACGAGAGACCACAGAGGCCGAACGUGUUUGUCGUUAGUCGGGAUGUGGAACCCGAGCAGGAAGUUCAGAACAUCGAGAGGAAAGUCAACGAUGACGAUAAUGAGGGAUUCAGAGGAUUCCCUAAGGAAGCCAUCAGACUCGAACGAAAACGUAAUUUUUUUCCUGAUGACUCGGAUGCACCUGCAGAUCAAGUACCGCGGCGUUCGAAACGAGCCCGGAAGGCAAAAGUUUCCAAGGAUUUCGUUUACCAAAAGUGAACUCGAAUUUUGAAGCAUGAAUUAAAUUCAAUCUCGUGAAUUUUGUAAAUAUUUACGUACUGAAUUUUGUAAAUACUAGGAUAAGAUUUAAACUUUGAUUAAGGAUUGUACUGUAAUUGAAUUUCAGUGAACUUUGGUUUCAUGUUCAGUUUUAUGAAUUAGAUGUUAGAUUUUCAUUCAUAAAGCCUUCUUUUCAAAGGGGGAAGAGCUG